AUGGAGCCUAUCAGUCUAAAUGCUGAGUCUAAACUGCUCUGCUUUUCCUUCGCGUCGGCCGAGGUGAGUGGCGCCCCGGCGGCAACCACCACAGGCGAUGCACCCUCUUCCCUCAGCCGCCGCGGUGCUCCGGCGUACGCAGGCCAGAGGAGGAAGCGGGCCUUGGCUGCUAGAGGCAGCAGCGGGAACCGCUGGGCGAAGGGGAGGGGGCCACAGGCGGCCUGGGCAGCGCAAGCGCACCUCGGCGAGGCGCGCACGCAACCCGCAAUCCGGGGACCCGCGGGCGGCUCGUCCCUUCCCCCACCCCCAGCCGCCGCCGCCGCCCGCGCUUCGCAACAAAGCCGGCUGCGGAGCCACGGUCCACGCAGCCCGCCCGCGACCCCGCCGCCCCGCAUGAUGGUCGUAACGUCUCUCCCUUACCAGCCUUCGCUUCCUGGUGCCCAGCUCUUAGGACCGUGUGUGACUCUGGCCUUCCACGGAGACAACAGAGAAACGCACUGCAACUCGCAUGGAGGAAUCGGCGAAAUGGCUCCGACCGCGGCGCGAGGGGGCGGGACUAGCGAGCGGUGUUGAAAGCAGCAGGGGCCUAGAAGACAUUAAACCGAUACCACAGAAAUACAAAGGAUCAUUAGAGACUGUUAUGAACAACUAUAUGCCAACAAAUUGGAAACCAAAUGGAAAUGGGUAAAUUCCUGAACAGAUACAACUUAUCAAAAUUGAACCAAGAAGAAAUAGAAAACCUGAAAAGACCAACUAUGAGUAAUGAGAUUGAAUCAGUAAUAUAAAGUCUCCCAUCAAAUAAAAGCCCAGGCCCUGAUUGCUUCACUGCUGAAUUCUACCAAACAGUUAAAGAAGAACUAAUACCAAUUCUUCUCAAACUCAUCCUGUGAGGCCAGCAUUACCCUGAUACCAAAACUAAAUAUGGACACAAGAAAAAAAAAAUCUAUAGGCCAGUAUCCCUGAUGAAGAUAGAUGCAAGAACCCUCAACAAGGACAGGUGCGGUGGUUCACGCCUGUAAUCCCAGCACUUUGGGAGGGCAAGGCAUGUGGAUCACCUGAGGUCAGGAAUUCGAGACCAGCCUGGCCAACAUGGCGAAACCCCGUCUCUACUAAAAAUACAAAAAUUAGCCGGGCAAGGUGGUGGGUGCCUGUAAUCCCAGCUACUCGGGAGGCUGAGGCAAGAUAAUUGCUUGAACCUGGAGGGGGCGGAGGUUGCAGCCAGCUCAGAUCGUCCCACUGCACUCCAGCCUGGGUGACAGAGUGAGACUCCAUCUCAAAAUAAGUAAAUAAAGAGACUCAACUAGCAUAAAUGAAUUGCAAGUCUUUUAUAGUAUAUAAUGAGCACAACAAAAGUAUCAAUAUAUUAUAUGGAAAUACAUUUUUCAAAAGUGGAUCUUUAGCUUCCAAGGAUUAAGAAUUUUGUUAUUGAGUUGGUUCUUAAUUCAGGCUCUGCACCUGAGACCUAGAGUCCCCUGGGAUUUGGGUCCGAGGACUGGCAUUACCUUUGUAGGUGGCCCUUGGCAACUAGCACUGUCUAAAAUCUUAACAUUUGCACCCAUUUGCAGAUGAAGCCUUACAACAUGUCCCAAAAGUAUGGAAAGUGGGCCGAUUUCAACAUAACCAUUACCUGUUCCCAGUAGCUGACCAAUUAGGGAGAUUUCAGAGGUUAAGCAGGACAGAGCAGGGUAGGGAAUAUUUUUUAAGCUUUAUUAUAAAACAGGUAACUUUGUCCCUAUUAAGAAUUUGGAACUGAGGCUAUAGGUCACUCAUGAUCAAAUAAUGAAAGGUCUGCUUCAAUUGGACUACAUAACAUUUCACAUUUACCUUUUUGACUAGAAAUAACAGAUGAAAGUUCACUUAGUUUGGUGGGAAACAAGAGAUACAAAGAUAUCUUCUCCUCCAGGAUGAAACUCCUAAAGGCAAAUGUUCUCUGAGUACCACUGUCGCUCAAAUUUAAGACAUUUGGAGUUCCUUUGAGGAUAGUCCUGCUCUCACAUUUCUGAUCACUUCAUCUAGACUCCUCCUCAACUUCUCUUCCUCUGUGUGCACUCCAAUUGCAAGUCAUGCCCAGGUUCUGUUCUUAGCACUCUAUAUACCCUCUACCUGGAGAGUCUUAUUCUUCCUAUAUUCCAACCACCAUCCAUAUGCUGAUAUGGACUGAAUAUUUGUAUCUCCCUCAAAUUUGUAUGCUGAAGCCCUAAUCCUCAAUGUGAUGGUAUUUGGAGAUGGGGCUUUUAGGAUAUAACUGGGUUUAGAUGAGGUCAUGACAGUAGAGCCCCCAUGAUGGGAUUAGUGCCCUUAUAAGAGGAUGAGACCAGAACCUUCUCUCCUCUGAUAUAAUUACCCACAUAAACCUUCACAUAUUGAAGAGCUGGUUGAUCUCUUAACGAAGGGGUCUCCAAUUCCUGGGCUGCAGACCAGUACUGGUCCAUGGCCUGUCAGGAACGGGGCCGUACAGAAGGAAGUGAGCGAAGGGUGAGCGAGCAUUACCACCUGUCACAUCAGCAGCAGCAUUAGAUUCUUAUAGGAAUGUGAACCUUACUGUGAACUGCAGAUGCAAGGGAUCUAGGUUGUGUGCUCCUUAUGAGAAAAUGCCUAAUGAUCUGAGGUGGAAUGGCUUCAUCCUGACACCAUCCCUUCCAGGCCCCUGGUGCGUGGAAAAAUUGUCUUCCAUGAAACCUGUCCCUGGUGCCAAAUAGGUUGGGGACUGCUGGUUUAAAGGACUGAUGACGCUUUUAAUGCAAUGAGUGACACAGAUGAAGUAUAUAAUGUGAAUUCCAGCAAAAAUGGUAGUCUAGCUUUUGAGAAUGAAGAACAGAACCUAUCUGAUUCUUUUUAAAAUUAUUUUCUUGUUAUAUAAUUAUGGUCAUUCAACAGCCAAUUUCUAUUAGACUUCUUUUUUAUUGCUUGUACAUAUGUAUAAGUGACUAUUUGUCUUUUCUAUAAGCAAUCAUAACAUUGGAAAUCAUUUUUCUGUCUCCAUUGUACCAGUUUUUCUUGAACCAUUUGUUAAUCUACAAGUUCUAUGGCUACAUAGAAAUCUAUUCACAUUCACAGGAUUUUGCAACAUGCUUUGCUCCAUUUUUACAGUUAUAUUUGCUUUCUCCAUAUUUAUUCUACAGGAAUUAAUUUAUAGUUUGGCUUGCUUCUUAGUUAUGUAGUCUUGAAAUGCCAUAUUCACAUUUGCUUUUAUGGUUCCCAUAUUAAGUUAGUUCAGGGCUUUAUUUACCCAUGCAUUUAUAUAUUUGAGCAUUUUUGUUGCUUGCUUUAUACAAGCUUUAACUGAGACUAAUACAUGUCUUUCUUUUCUUUUUGUAGAGACAGGGUCUUGUUAUGUUGCCCAGGCUAGUCUCAAACACCUGGCCUCAACUGAUCCUCCCACCUCAGCUUCUGAAAGUGCUGGGAUUACAGGCACGAGCCACCACAAGAACACAUUUCUAUAAGGUUAUGGGGUUUUACUUUUUUCCAGUGUUAAUUAGUUUCACAUAUCUAGAAUUUAUAAUUUCUUACUGGAUACUAGUAUAGAAUUACUGUAUUUAUUUACCUGAACAAAUUAAUGUUUCCCUCUACAAACUACUUUAGAAAGAUUUUCAAUAAAGGUAAAUGGGACAUAAUAAUCUAUUAAGAGAAAAUGACUCAGAGUGGAACCUGUAGCAAAAUAUAAAUUUGCUGUCUUUAAAAGACGAAUUGAAAGCAAAAGAUUCCAAAAGCUUGAAAAAAAUGGAGAUGCCCUAAAUAAACUUACCAUUGAAAACAGAAAAUGUUGAAUACAAUAAAAAAAUGCAUUGUUGUGCUGCCAAGAAAGAAAAUGCUUUAGAGGUAAACAUUAAUGAAGUGAAUGAAUGAAUCCAGAGAGGCAAAAGAACCCUGACGUAAGCACCUACUCUGAAAGGGUCUGCUGAUUUUUAAUGAACUUGAGCUUCCUUUUAAUAAAAGCUGCAUUGGAGCUUAGGAGAAAGGAGACAAAAAAGACUGCCCAACAUGCAGAGGCUAAGAGGAGACCUACACAUAAGCCAGAAUGCCUUAUAUCUUCAGUGAAAAGUGAACAACAAUAGCAACAAUGAAAAACCAAACCAACCAGAAGAGGGGAAUAAGGAAACUUGUCUAUCAAAAACUAGAUGCUAGGUAGGAAAAAAAAAAAAAAAAGACUCAUUUCCUAUGAUAUCCAAAAAACCCUCAAGUCAAUUAUUUAAAGUGCUUAUUAAUCAGCGGAAAUAAAUCACUUAGAAGGAUUAAAAUUAUAUUCUCUUUGGUGGAAUAGUCUUCUAUCCAGACCUCAAAUAAUUCCUAUAAAAUUCCACUGAAUAUAAGCUCAAGUUCAAAAAAUCAUAAAACAGGUGAGGAUCUUUACCUCUGAUGAGUGGCAGGGUAUAAGUGGCUCAUGUGGGUGAUCCCAACACUUUGGGAGGUUGAGGUGUGGGAUCACCUGAAGCCAGGAGUUCAAAACCAGCCUGGCCAACAUAGUGAGACCCUGUCUCUGUUUUUAAAAAACAAAGUCCAAUGAGUUGAGUGCCAGCAGAAAAAGAAAACUGACAGAAUUAUAUCUAUAAAUGUUUUAGAUACUAGAAUUAUCUGUUGCUGAAUAGAAAUAUACCUUUUCCUCGUUAUUACGUUUAAUUCACUCCUGAAAACCCUACUGCUAAGUGAAAAGCCACUAAAUGAAAAUAAUAUUUUCACUGGAAAAUCAUGAUGCAUUCUGUGUAAACCCAAGAAAACUAAACAAAUUCAGACCAAAAAAAUCAAUUUUACCAGAGAUAAGCUUAUAUAAACAAGUUGAAAUAAUAAAGACAGUUUAUUUACAAACUAUAAUGUAAUGAA